CCCCGCCCCUCUUUUCUAAAUCCCACGUGGCCUUUUUUCCUCUGACCUGUAGACUCUACUUGUAUUCAUUUAUAGCAUUAUGGCCCAGUCUCUGUCUUCCACACUAAGAUCAUCGGGCUUAAGGACUGGAUCAGUGCUCUAUAACGUGUUGAGCAAGAGAUGGUAUGGGCUUGCCAAGAGGGCCACUGGUGAACACUCUUGGGCUAAGAAUAGACUGGCUAAAAAGAAUGAAAGAGGCGAUGAACUACCUCCAUCAAUUGAUGAACUGAUGGAGACUCCAAUGGCUAGUUUAAAGAGCUGUCGCAAUGCUAAAGUGACCAAACUGAAUGAGGUGUAUGAUCUUUGCCUGACUCCUGAUGACAUUGCAAAAGCUGAGAAAUUUUUGAUUGCCUAUCGCCACGGUCUAAGCUUCCCCAGGGACAGUCUACCGCUGGUGGUGGUGAGGGCGUGUGUGAGAGCAGGGCUACCAGAGAGGGCACUCCAUUAUGUUAGAAACAAAGUCCAAUUUGGAGUGUUCCCAACUCGCAAGGUCUACAAGAUCCUCAUGAAUUCCCUCCUGGAGAAGGGAGCUGCCAAAGGUGUAAUGGCUGCGUAUGAUUUGUUGCUGUCGGAUGAAUGGACUCCUGAUGGUAUGACCUACAAUAUUGCCGCCAGAGCCGCCCUACAAUUGGAGCUGAACAGAAUUGCCUUGGAAGCCACCAGUCAUAAUUCGUCAGCAGAUACUACACAGAAUGAAACGGGUGGUGACUCGGAUGUAGCAAAGAAUGAGAGUGAAGGUGAUGUAGAGGCAGCAAAGAAUGAAAGUGAAGGCGAUGUGGAGGCACCAAAGAGUGAAAGUGAUGUUGCUCGGGGACUUGACCUAACAAAGACGCUUGAGCUCUGUGACAAGUGCUCAGUACUGGAGCCCAGACUGGGAACAAAGACAUACAGAGUCAUAGUGACCAGGCUGUUGACAGAGGGGUACACUGAUGAGGCUAGUGAGCUACUGGCAGCACUGGAAGCAGACAACAAGCUACCCAAACAGACACUCUUCAAUCUAAAGCUGGAUCUCUACACUAGUGCCUCUGACUUUACUGGUGCCCUUGCUCUACUGGACACUCUACGUAGCAACAGAGAACUGGGCAUGCCCAAAGAGGGGUUGCCACGACUACGCGAGGCUAUUACUGAAACACGUAACAGUGAACUAUUGAACUCUUUGGACAGUAUGUGUGCUGAUUUAGAGCAGUAGAUCAAUAUAUACAAACCACCCCAACCAUUAGUUACCAAUCUGG